CAUUGUCUAGACUGAAUAUCGCUGUCAACUUAUCUUUGUCUGACUCUACAAAGCGCUGCGUUUGGUAACUACGAAACCCUACAUUCAGCAUGGCCCGACAUGCUCUUAGAAGAUUCAUUUUAGACUUCCUAUAUACUUACUUUACUCCACUUUACAAUUUGUUUUAGACUAAUCGCUAUAUUGCCUCAUGUUUCUGAACGAAACCCUUACAUUUUACAUUAUCUGUGGUAAAGAAUUAAUGUCAUUAAUGACACAACCCACUGACUGCAAACUGCAAUGCAAUCCACCAUCGCUGUUAUUGACAUUGUAUUUAUACGUCGUUGUAAGCUGUAUUGCUUGGAAUUUGUAUUUAUUUUGACCUUUCAUCUUAAAGUCGGAAACAUGUCAUCCCAUGAAUUACCGGCGAAGUCAAAAGAAAAGUAUAACACAACAUACGAAAACUUUAUUUCUUGGCAAAAAGAAAAGAACAUCACUUCGUUCUGUGAAGAAGUGUUGUUGAUGUACUUUGAACAAAUAUCCGCGAAAUAUAAACCUACUUCUUUAUGGGCUUUUUAUUCCAUGUUGAAAUGUGGUUUGAAACGCAGGCACAAUGUCAAUAUAAAAGAAUAUGCCCAAUUAGGCGCGUUUUUAAAGAACUUAUCUAAAGGAUAUGUUAAGAAAGUGAAGGUUCUCACAUUUGAGAAUGUUGAGAAGUUUAUAGAUGAGGCGCCUGAUAAUAAAUAUCUUGCUAUUAAGGUAGCCCUAAUUCUUGGAGUCACGGGAGGUCUGAGGCGGCAAGAAUUAUCAAACCUCACAACAAACCACAUAGAGAACCAUGGAGAAAAAUUUAUCAUAAAAUUAGCUCGUAGCAAAAACAGAUCACAAGAUUAUUUUGUGGUCCAAGGGAAAUACUAUAAUAUAUUAAAAAAAUAUCAAGACUUACGUGUAGCUUCAAGAAGUAAUCGCUUUUUCCAAGCAUUUAGAAAUGGUAGAUGCCGUGCGCAAGUGGUUGGGAUAAACAAAUUUAGUACAAUGCCUAAAGAGAUAGCGGAGUUUUUGAACUUGCCCGAUGCUAAGUCUUUUACGGGACAUACUCUUCGUACAGUGGCACGGGUACCUGUUGAUAAGGCUGCAGCUAAGAUUAAACGGUGUGAAGGUGAAACAUUUGUUAAGGAUCCCGACUCCAGGCGAACACAGCCAGAACCUCCAGAGCCGAACAGAGGCGACCAGUGCCGUUUUUGCGGUGACUUCAAAGAAUGUUCUCCGGUCGUCCAGAAGCCAUAUUUCAUGGGCAAUAAGACUACACUUGCACUCAAUAAUUUGCGAGUGGAACUGGACUUCAGCAUAGACGCUCUCCCGAAAACCGUCUGCCGCGACUGCGACACCAAGCUACUAGAAACCUUCGAAUUCAUCAAACAAGUCAACAUUGCACAAUUCUCACUUGUCAGCAUAUGUCCAAACAAUGCUACAAAUGCAAACAGUUCGACCCAAUAUCACACCAAUGACUUUCAACACAUAGAAAUUGAUACUCAAAUAGUCAAAGUUGAAUUUGAGUCCACGGAUGAAGAUUCACGUGAAAGUACAGUUAAUAUUCUUGAAGAUUCAUUAACUCUCGGUGAAACGGUUUUUUUGAAAGAAACUCAUAAAAGACAACAUGAAGUUGAUGAUGAAAAGCUGAAGAAAGUUAAAAAUGAAGAAAGUUUAAAAAAUCUAAAUACAGAAUUAAUAUUUGACAUUAAAGAAGAAAUAGUUGACAAUGAUGGGAAUAGUGAAGAUGGUGUUGAUUUUAGUGAUACGGGGACUGAAGUGAAGCCUAGUGAGUUAGAACUUAAUUUUGAUUAUCAAAAAGGGAAGCAGAUGUUUAGUGAUAUACACGUGAAAGGCAAAAAAGCUAGUAGUGGAGAAUGA